UCCUAUAAUGUCAUCCACCAUGAAAAUUUCCCAACAUGUCUUGGCACCCCCCUCGGCUAUAUAAUUUUUUUUUAAUGUCCCAUGAUGAUUAGCUACAAGGAAGCUGCUACCCAGAAGCCUCCUGGACACAGACCCAAAAGGAAGAUGCUGAGCACUUGGACCAGCUGGCUGUGGCUACCCCUCUGUUGUGUGCUCAUGGACCGGUUUGACAACCCCAUGACCCGGAACUCCAGGCCAAACAUUGUGCUGCUCAUGGCAGAUGACCUUGGUGUAGGUGACAUAGGCUGCUAUGGGAACAGCUCUAUCAGCACUCCCAAUAUCGACCGGCUGGCACGGGAGGGAGUGAUGCUGACUCAGCACCUGGCAGCUGAUUCCACGUGCACGCCCAGCCGAGCGGCCUUCCUCACUGGGCGGUACCCAGUGCGCUCAGGAAUGGCAUCUUCUAAUGACAUGUUUCGUGACAUCACGUGGCUGGGCGCAUCCGGUGGGCUCCCAAGCAAUGAGACAACAUUUGCCAAGAUGCUGCAGCAGCGGGGAUACCGCACUGGGCUCAUUGGGAAGUGGCAUCUGGGCCUGAGCUGCGUGUCCCGCGGAGACCACUGCGCCCACCCACUCAACCACGGCUUUGACUACUUCUAUGGAAUGCCACUAGGGCUGCUGGGAGACUGUGGAGCUGGUGCCACCCCAGAAAUCCACCUGCGACUGCGCAUGUGGCUGUGGGUGACUUCAGCCAUGAUCUUGGCCCUCUUCUUCAUUCUGCUCACGGUCCGCCUGGCAGGUUGGCUUCUGGUACCUGGGUCUGUGAUUGCCACUUCCGGUAUUGUGGCUGCCCUCUUCUUCCUGUCAUGGUUCAGCAGCUAUGGUUUUGUGAGACGGUGGAACUGCAUCAUUAUGCGCAACCAUGACAUCAUACAGCAGCCAGCUGACGAGACCAGGGCCCCUGGGCUAAUGCUGAGGGAGGCGCUAGGCUUCGUCGACAGGCACAAGCACCGCCCCUUCCUGCUCUUCCUGUCCUUCCUGCACGUGCACACACCUUUACCCACACGUGGGGACUUCCGGGGACGAAGCAAGUUCGGGGCAUAUGGUGACAAUGUGGAGGAGCUGGACUGGAUGGUGGGAAAGGUCCUGUCCACCCUGGACCAGGAGUUCCUGACCAAUGAGACACUUGUCUAUUUCACAUCCGACAACGGUGGCCGCCUAGAUGCUCGGGUGGGCUGGGCCUACGCAGGUGGCUGGAACGGAGUCUACAGGGGAGGAAGCGGCAUGGGCGGAUGGGAGGGCGGAGUCCGGGUACCUGGCAUCUUCAGAUGGCCAACAGUGCUGCAGGCUGGACUAGUCCUGGAUGAGCCCACUAGCCAGAUGGACCUAUACCCAACGCUGGCUCACGUGGGCGGAGGAAUCCUCCCCUGGGACAGGGUGAUUGACGGGCUUGACCUGAUGCCACUGCUGCAGGGUCACAUGACCCGACACGAGCAUGAGUUCCUGUUCCACUACUGUGGGGAUUUCCUGCACAGUGUCCGCUGGUACCAAAGAGACUGCAGCACGGUAUGGAAGGUGCACUACGUGACCCCUGGUCCUUCCACCUUAUGCUCUGGUGAUGUCACCCACCACGACCCCCCACUGCUCUUCGACCUCUCUCGGGACCCAGGCGAAUUGCAGCCUCUGAAUAACGAUGCAUUGUCAGACACUGUGCUUGGCAAGAUGGAAGCUGCCGUGAGGGACCACCGCGCCACGAUCAGUCCCACCCCCCGGCAGCUCACCGUCUACAAAGCGCUCUGGAAGCCAUGGCUGCAGCCAUGCUGCGGCACCUUCCCGUUGUGUGGCUGCACCGGGGAGGACUUCUGAGUGGUUCUCUGUACAGUGCUCUCAGAUGGUGGAUGGCGGAGGAAAGUGCU